GUGUGUGUGUGUGUGUGUGUGUGUGUGUGUGUGUGUGUGUGUGUGGUCUCGCGCACCGGGGAUUCCCCAGCGUGACAAAAACAGCUUAAGCUUUCAUAUGUCAGCUCUUCCCCUCAUCGCCUUUCAUUGCUCAUACGCUCUCCGCCUGGAGCUCAUGCCGUUACCGGAUAUUUAGACGACGGGCAACCGUUUCGCCUCUUUCGUUUGUUUUUAACCCAUUUCACCAAGUCUGGAAUGUAUGUUGGAAAGUUAUACAAACCUAUAGUGUUUAAAGACUGAGGGCCCGCCUGUUGCUUUGGGGUAAUGUAUUCUCGGUUAGUGGUAUGAGACGCAGUAGCUCCUUCCUCUGGUUGUACAAAGGAGCGGGGGGUUUCCUCAGGUGUCAGCAGCAGGCUGCCCUCCUCCGGGCACAUCACCGAGCACCGAGCGGCGGCAACACCCGCGAGUAGCCUUUAAAUCCUCGGGGAAGGAGGGAGGGGGAAACCCAGCCACCAUGGCGAGCGACGACUGUACGAAAGAUGACUUGCUGGAUGAUAACCGCACAGACUCGGCCAUUGACUCGUAUCGCUCUAUACAGAAGUCAGAGGAGCCGCAGGAGCCGAGCAUCGACUUCAGCGGGCCGACGGACAAGUUUUCCACCGCGGAUGAGCGCCUGGAUUCAGCCUACGGCUCGUCGUCUAUCACAGUGGAGAGUCUUUCAGAGAUAGUGCAGGGCUGCACGCUUUCUUGCGCCCAGGAGGAACAGACAGAGAGCUCUGAGCUCUCUGAGCAGGAGAACUUUCUCACAACUAUUACUGAAGAUGGAGACACAAUCCUGCACUUAGCAAUCAUCCAUGAAGAUGAAUAUAUCACUCAUCAGUUGAUACAGCUAUUCCCAAAAGAAGUCCUGGACAUCCAAAACAAUUUGUACCAGAGCCCCUUGCACCUGGCAACCUACCUGAACCUGACAGAAAUAGCGAAGAGUCUAGUGGAAAAAGGGGCCAGUCUGGAGUUGCAGGACCAGAAUGGAAACACAGCGCUCCAUGUGGCCUGUCAGCAAGGACAGGUGAAGUGUGCCACUGAGAUGACCAGAGAGGUUUCCCCCAGCAAGCUGGCACCAAUCCUGGAAACACAGAACUGGAGAGGUCUUGCCUGUCUUCACUUGGCUGCACUGAACAGGCAACAUCAGAUGAUGAACCUCUUGAUGAACAAGGAAGCAGACCUGAAUAUCCAGGAGGGAACCAGCGGCAAAACAGCUCUUCAUCUUGCUGUUGAGCUGCAUGACGUCACAUCAGUAAAGCUGCUGCUCAAUGGGGGAGCCAAUGUGGAUGCUGCCAUGUUUAAUGGCUGCACGCCCUUGCAUCUCGCAGUGGGGAGGCAGGAUACCACCAUCGCCAACCUCCUAUUUCAGUCCGGUGCUGACACGAUGCUGCGAAACAUGGAGGAUGAGACAGCGUUAGAUCUGGCUGAUGGCAAAAAUGAUAUUUUGGCUUUAUUUCCAUUUGAUGACAUUCAAAUCUCCGGGAGGUCGGUGGUUGGCAUGAACUUUUGAACUGGGUGGUGCAGCUGAAUCGCAGGCUGAACAGCGAUCUUGGAAUUUGUGUAGAGGCUUACUGCAGCUACAACCUAUGUUUGAAAAGCUGUAUUUGAGCUGAAGUUUUCAUUAAUUAGUGCAUCUUAUAGUAGUAAAAUCUGAUUUUAAUCUGUAUUUAUAUAUUAUCUCGACAAAUAUGCGCACCAUAUAAAUGUUCCUUCCCUCUGAGAAACAGAGUGAUAAUGCUUAAAAAUGUUUUUAACAAAUCAAUGUUUUUGAGUUUGAACUCAAAUAUUCUGUCUUUUUCUGCAUGCAUUUGAAGGGGUUUUACUUCGCAACGAAAGCCACCUCACUGUGAGUGCCAAACUUUCUAUCAACAUUAAAAAUGUAUCUAAAACUCUCUUAAAAAUCUACCUCUUUGUCACGUCAGGCCAUUUUCAAUGGUUAGAAAUUCAACAUUCAAAUUGCUUUUUUUUCCACAGUUUAAUCAGUGCUUUGAUGCCUAUUGGGUUGUAAUGAAAGUCCGAUUUUUGUGUUUCUAUCUCUAAAAAAAAAAAAGGGCUGGCUUUUCAUUGCAGCCACAGCAAGGCUUUUAUGAGGAAUGUAAUGAAAAAUCAUGUACGAUGUACUAAAUGGAAAAUGGAAACCUAACUGUUUGUUUUCAAAGAGAUUUGCAGUCCUAAAAAAGACAAAUUGAUCGUAACCCUGCAUUUUGUUAAGUAAACUAAAAGCCAAUAUAACAACAUAAUAUCACAAAACACAGCUUAAUCUCUUUGAUUGUUAGGUUUGCUGCUUGAUGUUUUCUCUAUUUAUCUGUUCCCCCCCCCCCCCCCCCCCCCCCCCUUCAUCUGCUGAAAAUGUUUACCAUUCUUUGUGGAUUUUAAUUACACUGGGCUGUUUAGUUAAUAUAAGCAAUUAUGAGCUUGUAUAUUUUGUAAUAAAAUGGAAAAAAAAACGUA